AUGUUCUGUGGCACAUCAGUCAUCAACUCCUGUGCCCGCUGCCUCCCUCACUCCGUCUGCCCGACAGGGAUGGUUGUCAAGUUCCAGGGCACCGCGCAGAGGAACACUGUCUGUGAGCCGCCUUCCCCAGGGACCACCCCCAACUGCGGCGCCAGCCCACAGGACUGCAAGACCCCUGCCAGCAGCACCAUCCCCCAGGCCAAGCCCACCCUGACCUCUCCAGCAAGCUCUGAUGCCAGGACCACACUUCUUGGAGGGGGCACCCCCCUCGCCCCAGAAGAUGCUUCUAAAAUCACUGCCCACUCUAGCUCCUCCGUGGGGAAGCUCAAUCCAGAUCCAGGGCUGACCCUGCCACAGCUAUGCCCUCAGGGGUCUGCCGACUGCAGGAAGCAGUGUGACCCUGACUACUACCUGGACAGGGACGGUCGCUGCACGGCCUGUGUGAGCUGUUCAGGAGACCACCUCGUGGAGAAGACACCUUGCAUGUGGAACUCCUCCCGUGUCUGCGAGUGUCGACCUGGCAUGUUCUGUGCCACGUCAGCCACCAACUCCUGUGCCCGCUGCGUCACCCGCCCCAUCUGCCCACCAGGGAUGGUCACCAAGCUCCAGGGUACGGCUGAGAGGGACACCACCUAUGAGCCACCUCCCCCGGGGACCCACUCUAACUGCAGCACCAACGCAGAGGACAGCGGGGUGCCCGCCAGCCCCACCCCCUCCCUGAUCUCCCUGGCCGACUCCCUGACUGGUAAGGAGCAUGGAGGGGACGUCACCCACGUGCGGGGACGCGCCUCUAUCUCAACCAGCACUCCCAUCUCCUUCUCCUCCACAGGGAAGCCCACUCUGGUUUCAGGACCUGUGCUCUUCUGGGUGAUCUUGACACUGGUGGUGGUCGUCAGCUUUGGCUCCUUUCUCCUGUGCCACCGGAGGGGCUGCAGGAAGUGGAUGGGGCAGAAGCUCCACCUGUGCUACCCAGUCCAGACCUUCCAGCCCAAGCUGGAGCCUGUGGAUUCCAGGCCCGGGAGGAACCCGACACUGAUCAGGAGGGUGUCAGUGGCGGAGCCGGGCACUGAGGAGCAGGGGUUAAUGAGCCCCCCAGCUGUGGAGACCUGCCCCAACCUGGAGAGCCUGCAGCUGCUGGAGGCCAGCCCAGCCAGCGGCCCCUCCACCCCCAUGGACCUUCCCGAGCCCCGAGGGACCACGGAGCACACCAACAACAGGAUUGAGAACAUCUACAUCAUGAAGGCCGACACCGUGAUUGUGGGGACCGUAAAGGCCAAGGUGCCUGAGGGCCAGGGCCCGGUGGGGCCGGCAGGGCCCGAGUUCGAGGAGGAUCUGGAGGUGGACCAUGCCCCCCACUACCCGGAGCAGGAGACGGAACCACUGACGGGCAGCUGUGGGGGCGUUAUGUUCUCGGUGGAGGAGGAAGGGAAGGAGGACCCCUUGCCCACGACCGCCUCUGGGAAAUGAGGCCUGGCCUGGGCUGGGACUGAGAGGGCAGCUGGGCGCCUCUGGGAGGCCACGGUGACCCUGGUGGCACCAACCUGGUGGCAGAGGCCCAUCUGGCCUGAGGUGAAGUUCCAGCAUCCAGCGGUAGACCCAGCCUAUCAACGCAGGAGGCUCUGCUGGUCUGUACCUGCCUCCCCACCCAGCUGCCCCCCAACCCAGACCCUGGGGAGCCCAGGCCUGUGCAGCAGAGACAACCAAGGGGCUGGAUCUGAACAGCUCUGUGUAUUGGGGCAACAGCCAGCCAGCAGGGCCUGGGCACCCUGCCUUCUGCGGCUGUCAGUCCUUCCCUGUUCUGUAGCCUCCGCGGUGGGCCCAGGGUCCAGGCCACGUCACUGUCUCCGCAG